CAUGAUGACGAUCUCUAAUUAAAGAAACAUUUGUUCCUUCAAAUACAAAAUUCCCUCUCUCUCUCUCUCUCUGCACUUCAAUUUCCAUAACCAUGAAAAGAGGAGGGUUUGCAUGUGGAUUUGGAUUCAGCAGGUGCUGUUGUUUGCUCUUGAUUUUGGUCUGUGUAAAUGGGAGAUCCGAUAAGGAAGUAAGGGAGAGGUUUUAUGGGAAUUUGGUGAAUUCAUCAGCACCUGAUAAUGGAGAAGGAAGUAUUGCUAAAAUGUUUGAUCGUGUUCUUGAAAAAGAGUUCUCUGACAAUGAUCAACCUGAAGGUUCUGAUGGAAGCAGCUUCAACAACAGUGUAGCUGACCAGCAAGCUGUUUUGGAGACUGUUGCUAAAAUCACUCAUGAGAAGGGCAAGAAAAACGAUACACAAGUGGCUAAGUAUGGAAGCGUUGGAUCUAGACCUUUUCAGCUUCAAGAUGUAUUUUCACUGGAAAAUGAGGAAUCUGAGGAUAUGGCAACCCUGAUUGACAAAAAGGACAAUGUAUUUGUCAUGUCGAACAAGAAAUCCAAGUAUCCAAUUCUUCAAGUAGAUUUGAGAUUAAUUUCUGAUCUAGUGGUUGCCAUAGUUUCUGCUGCCAUUGGUGGAAUUAUCUUUUCUUGUUUGGGUCAACCGGUUAUUGUUGGCUAUCUUCUAGCAGGUUCCAUCAUUGGACCAGGGGGUCUGAAUUUCAUCAGUGAGAUGGUACAGGUCGAAACUGUUGCACAGUUUGGUGUUGUGUUUCUUCUUUUUGCGUUAGGACUGGAGUUUUCUUUGACUAAGUUAAAAGUUGUGGGCCCUGUAGCUGUUCUUGGAGGGAUGCUUCAAAUUGUAAUUUUUAUGUGCUUGUGUGGCAUAGUUGCUGCGAUGUGUGGAGCAAAGUUGUCUGAGGGUGUAUUUGUGGGUUCGUUCCUGUCAAUGUCAUCAACAGCAGUGGUGGUGAAAUUUUUGAUAGAACGGAAUAGUAGUAAUUCUCUUCAUGGUCAAGUUACCAUCGGGACCCUGAUUUUUCAGGAUUGUGCUAUUGGUUUAUUAUUUGCUUUGCUUCCAGUUUUGGGUGGCAACAGUGGCGCUCUGCAAGGAAUGAUUUCAAUGGGGAAGUUGUUAUUGGUCUUGUCCGUAUACCUCACAGCUGCAUCUUUUAUGUCCUGGUCGUUUGUUCCUCGCUUUCUUAAGUUAAUGAUACAGCUAUCAUCUCAAACAAAUGAACUUUAUCAGCUUGCUGCUGUUGCUUUCUGCUUGUUGUCUGCUUGGUGCAGUGACAAGCUGGGCCUUAGUCUUGAGUUGGGUUCAUUCGUGGCUGGAAUCAUGAUAUCUACCACCGACUUUGCACAGCAUACUUUAGAACAGGUGGAACCAAUCAGGAACCUGUUCGCAGCUCUCUUUCUUUCUAGUAUUGGAAUGCUCAUACAUGUACAUUUUCUGUGGAACCAUGUGGAUAUAUUGCUAGCGUCUGUGAUUCUGGUUAUUGUUGUCAAGACAACCAUUGCUGCUGCAGUUACUAAAGCCUUCGGAUAUAGCAUCAGGACAUCAUUCCACGUUGGAGUAUUGCUUGCUCAAAUUGGAGAAUUUGCUUUUGUUCUUCUGAGUCGUGCCUCCAAUCUUCAUCUCAUUGAGGGAAAGAUGUAUCUUCUUCUUCUUGGAACAACAGCUCUUAGUCUGGUAACAACUCCUCUCCUGUUCAAGUUGAUACCUAACGUCAUGAAUUUGGGCAUCCUUUUGCAAUGGUUUCCAUCAGAGAGCAGCACUCCAAAUAAAUGGUUUCCAUCGGAGAAUGGUACUCCAAAUGAGGAAAGAGUUUCUAUGAUUGAAGUACGUAACAGAUUGUUGUGACCUUCCACAUUUUGUCGUCUCGUCACCUAAUUUUCUUGGGAAUUUGUGAAUACAAGGAUUUCAUCCCACUGCUGAUUCCACAGUUGAGCUUUCCAGGUGACCAGCCAGACAAUCAAGAACUCUCAUGUACAUACAUAUUACGUUCCACGUUCAUUGGCUCUUGCAUUUGUAUGUAUAUAUAAAUAUAUAUAUUUUUUGGCUCAUCAGUUGAUCUAUUUUGAGUAUGCUUGUUUAAGAGGGCCCGCCCGCGCACCUCUUGAAAAACAAGAAAUUUUUCUUCUUCAUGCUUUUUAAGUGUGGCGAGCAUCACAAAUAAACAUAUUUUUUUCCCUA